GAAGGAAGGAUGACGGGAACAAAAGAAGGGUGUUGAUGCCAGCGCCUAGGAUGGGGAACACAGAGAUACCACCAGAGGAUGGUUACACCUGGCGAAAGUACGGUCAAAAGGAGAUUCUCGGGUCAAAAUAUCCCAGGAGUUACUACAGAUGCACCCACCAAAAGCUCUACAACUGCCCGGCCAGAAAACAAGUCCAGCGACUCGACAACGACGCCUACACCUUCGAAGUCAUCUACUGUGCUAAUCAUACUUGCCACAUGUCCUCCACCGCACCCUCUAUCCCUCCCAUUUCCCCAGAACUCCUCCCUCAAAUCACCCAACAACAACCCACCACCACCACCCACUCUCCGCCCCCACCGCCCACCUCGGCCCCUCUCGCCACAUGGCUCUCGAUGGACAUCAACCAAAGCUCCGGCGAAGGCACUAGCAGCUUCUCCGCCGACCCACGUGUGCAUUUGUUCAGGGACUUCGGUUUGAGAAGUGGUGGUGGUGGUGGUGGUGGUGGUGGUGCUGGGACAAGCAGUGGCGGUGCGGGUCCAUCGUCGUCGACAACUAGGUACGGUGAGAAUCAGUUUCCGGUGGCGGAUUUGGCUGAUGCCAUGUUUAAUUCAGGUAGUAGCAGUAAUAAUAGUAUAGAUGUCAUUUUCUCUUCCAUGGAAGAUAAGUGGGAGCCAGCUCCUGGAGAGAAGAAGAACUGAUUGCUUGAUAGCUGCCCGACAUAGAAUUAAAACAUAGAAAAGUACACCGAAAGAGAACUGUCUGGUUUAGAUUUAUUUAAAGUAUGCGAUGAAUCUAUCACAAAUAAUAUGUUUUUUUGUGUUUUUAUUCUAUGCGGUUAUAUUGCUUCUCAAGUGAAUGCACAUUAGUUAGCUGCGGAUAGAACAAUCCAUAACAAG